UCUAUUAGCAUGGCCCGCACCAAGCAGACCGCCCGCAAGUCCACCGGCGGCAAGGCGCCGCGCAAGCAGCUGGCCACCAAGGCUGCCCGCAAGAGCGCGCCGGCCACCGGCGGCGUCAAGAAGCCGCACCGCUACCGGCCCGGCACCGUGGCGCUGCGCGAGAUCCGCCGCUACCAGAAGUCCACCGAGCUGCUAAUCCGCAAGCUGCCGUUCCAGCGCCUGGUGCGCGAGAUCGCGCAGGACUUCAAGACCGACCUGCGCUUCCAGAGCUCGGCUGUCAUGGCGCUGCAGGAGGCCUGCGAGGCCUACCUGGUGGGACUGUUCGAGGACACCAACCUGCUAGAACUUGCAGUAUUUUCGAUAGUUGUCUCCUUUGUGUGUAUUACUAUGUCGGGUCGCGGGAAAGGAGGCAAAGGCCUGGGCAAGGGCGGCGCUAAGCGCCACCGCAAGGUGCUGCGCGACAACAUCCAGGGUAUCACCAAGCCCGCCAUCCGCCGCCUGGCCCGCCGCGGCGGCGUCAAGCGCAUCUCCGGCCUCAUCUACGAGGAGACGCGCGGGGUGCUCAAGGUUUUCCUGGAGAACGUCAUCCGCGACGCGGUCACCUACACGGAGCACGCCAAGCGCAAGACGGUCACGGCCAUGGACGUGGUCUACGCGCUCAAGCGCCAGGGCCGCACGCUCUACGGCUUCGGCGGCUGAGUGACUGUCCUUUCCCUCAGCUUUUCCCAAAGGUCCUUUUCAGGGCCAAUUACUUUUUCUCUGGAGCAGUUGCGCACUUUGGCAAAGUAUUCACUAUUGUUUUAACUUUGGAUGUUUUCGCUUAAUACUGUUCCUUAGGAAAUGUUUGCUAUUUUUAUUCCCUGUGCUUACUAGGCUAGUCACGCCGGUGUCUCUAGGUCCAUGGAUUAGUCUCAUGUUGGCUGCCUUUAGAUACCAUGCAGAUUUAAAUAGGUGCACUGCCUUCAACCCUAAGCCUCUAAAAUCUAGUUCGGCUUAUGGUACCCAUUGCAUUCUUAACCUUUUACUGGUAAAUUUUCCUCCCUUUGACCCUGUUUUUUAUAAAACUAUGCAAAAACCUAAAAUGGUGAUUCGGGUGCGAAUUGUCAGUGAAAGGAGAAAAACUGGAGAGCGAAAGUUUGUAAGUGAUAUCCUAAGAUGGUGCUAACAUGU